UUUUUCAAAUUUUAUGGUUUUAGGGUUUUGGAAAUUUUGAUCAUUUCAUCCAUGUCGUUUCGAUGUAGUACAGAAUCCUAUAAGUGAUAAAGGGAAGAAACAAAUUGGGAAGGAGAAGGACAUGGAAGGAGAUGCAAAGGAGGAGAGUACUUUGCCACCGGGAUUUCGGUUUCACCCGACAGAUGAAGAGCUCAUAACUUACUAUCUUCAAAACAAGAUUUCAGAUGCAGAUUUCUCAUGUAGAGCCAUCGGUGAUGUAGAUCUCAACAAGUGCGAACCAUGGGAUCUUCCAGGAAAAGCAAAAAUGGGAGAGAAGGAGUGGUAUUUCUUCAGUCUUAGAGAUCGAAAAUAUCCAACUGGUGUGAGAACAAACCGGGCAACAAAUACCGGAUACUGGAAGACUACCGGAAAAGAUAAGGAGAUCUUCAACAGUGUCACGUCACAGCUAGUUGGGAUGAAGAAGACGUUGGUUUUCUACAGAGGGAGAGCUCCCAGGGGAGAGAAAACCAAUUGGGUCAUGCAUGAAUAUCGUGUCCACGCUAAAGCUGGCUUUAGAGCUUCCAAGGAUGAGUGGGUGGUUUGCCGCAUCUUCCAAAAGAGUGCAGGAGCCAAGAAAUAUCCCUCAAACCAAUCAAGAGCAGGAAAUCCCUUAUACAACCUCGAAAUAGGACCAAGUGUUAUGCCUUCACAGAUGAUGCAAGCUGCAGACAACUUCCAGCUCCCCAUUGGAAGAAACUACAUGAUGAGUAAUGCAGACCUUCAGGCAGAGCUUGCAAGGGUUUUCAGGGCUGGUGGUUCAACUGGUAUUAAUCUACCAAUGCAAUCCCCAUUGACUAAUUCUUACUCCGUUGGAGGAGGAGCAGGAGGAUGCUUUACUGUAUCAGGGUUGAACUUGAAUCUUGGAGGGGCUACAUCACAACCGGUUCUGCGACCAAUGCCACCUCCGGUUAUGAAUCAACAUGAUGUGACACCCUCCAUGAUGACUAGUACUAGUUCUUAUGCUGGAGAGCAGGCCGCUUACGGUGCAGAAAUGAACAGUGCAAAUGGGCCUAGCAACAGAUUCAUGGGCAUGCAACAGUGCAUGGAUUUGGAGAACUACUGGCCUGCAUAUUGAGAUCAGAUGGAGAGAAAGUAUUCAGAUGAUCAUAUGCAAAUUCGACAAGUUUGUUAAGUAGCUAGUAUGCAAUAGAUUAAGGCUUAAGCAUGUUUCAGUUCCCAAUAUUUAACUUCAUUGUCUUAGCACGGGUGUUAAGAAGAGAAAAUGCCCAGCAACUUGGAGUCGUGAUAUUUUGAUAUUUUUACAUAGGAAUUGAACUCGCUGUAAUGCAUCUU